AUGGCUAUACCCUUGUCUCAUUACUUUUGGCUUACAGGCGGCUUCUUUAUAGGCAUGUUCUUCAUGUACAACGUUGUCCCUUUUCGCAUCACAAAUCAUCAUCAAAGCGGAAAUAACUUACAUAUUAGACAAGAUCCACCAAACAAUGUUCUGAAAUUCGGAAACCCAGGUCCUAUCAGUGAUCUUUUCCAAAGAACCGCAUAUACCGCAUCGUUCAACCGCAGAGAUCGCAUCCCUCAUUGGGUAGGAGAGCACCUUACAGCAGAAAGUUUACGCCGUGGACAAAAUGUAUCCCGAGACAAAUCCCGAUUUACCGGUGAUAAAGCUGUACCAGGCUUGUUUAGAGUGUAUACCAACGACUAUACGAAUAGCGGCUACGAUCGUGGCCACAUGGCUCCUGCAGGGGACGCUGUUUCUUCACAAACCGCUAUGGAUGAGACCUUCUUGUUGACCAACAUUGCACCUCAAGUCGGCCCUGGAUUCAAUCGCCAAUAUUGGGCCUAUUUGGAGCAGUUUUGUCGUGAUUUAACAAAGAAUUUCACUGAUGUGUACGUCUACUCUGGCCCUCUGUUUUUGCCACAAUUGGUUACCACACAUGCUUCGUCUUCCUCUGAGGCUUAUGCUUUGGCUGAUUCCAAGAUUGAAUUUGAUGAGGACGGUGCUAUCAAGGUCAUCUCCAAAGUAUCAAACACAAAGGAUAGAUACAGAAUGCAAUAUGACAUGAUUGGUGCUAAUGGGCCUACAAUCGCUGUACCCACUCACUAUUUCAAGAUUCUCUUGGUAUCAAAUGGUACUGACUAUGCAUCAGGAGCCUUUGUGCUACCAAAUCAGGCCAUCGAUCAUGCCAUACCUCUUGACCGUUUCCUAGUUGAUUUGAGAGCCAUUGAGAAAGCUUCAGGAUUAACUUUCUUUCAGUCAUUGGAUAGAACCACUUUUACCAAGCUGUGUGAUUUAGUGCGAUGUAUUGUAUAG